AUGUCCAAAGAUGUCGGCGGUCUGUCUCCCUUCGAGGAGAAUGAGACUCCGCCGUUGUUUGAUGGACAGGUGAUCUCAUAUCGAAAUGCAGACUAUCUCCCAGAUCGUAAGGCGCUGGAUCAAGCAGCCAUGCAAUUUUUUGCAGAGAUCAACAGCGUCAUAUACAUCCUUGACCAGGAUAGAUUCCACCUUUGGAUUGAUGACGUAUAUGGUGGGAGGGGGGUGCGUGCAUCCGUGCUGGUCAUAUUAUAUCUGGUCAUGGCUCUCUGCGGCGAGGAAGACCCAAGUUUCCACAUUGCUCGAUCCUACAUAGAUGAUUUGAUAGAGGAAUCGAGCCUGGAGAGUGUGCGGGCAAUUAUGUUGAUGAGCUUGUACCGACAAAGAGAGAAUGAGCGCAGUGUUGCCUGGGCAAUGCUGAGUGUGGCAAUCCGAAUCUCAAUGUCACUUGGUCUUCACCAAAACAUAGGCUAUGUGCACGACACUUCCAUAUAUGGAUCGGAAGUUAAGCGACGCCUCUGGUGGUCGCUGUGCGAGUUUGACAACUGGAGUUCGUGCAUGCUGGGACACAGUUCUGGCCUUGGCUGUAUGGGUGAUGCUGUUUCCCUUCCCUCACAGGAAUUCAAUACUACACCCUACACCCCCCCUGGAUAUGCCACUAGCUCAGCAUCUCUGGGUAGUUUAAUUGGCCAGAUAUCCCAGCAGCUGUAUAUCCAAAAUGGCAAUUUGAGAAGUAAAGAACAGUUGACUAGUGAGCUUAUCCAGAAAGUCGAAGCAUGGAACAACGACCUACCCGACCACCUUCGCCCAAAUUCAGCAUUCCCAUCCUGCUUUGCACGUGCCACGUUAUAUUUAAACCUGAAAUAUAAUUACGCCCGCAUGCUUAUCGGGAGGCCUUACAUGGCCCACUCGAUAUUUUGCAACAACGGCCAUGACGAAGUUUUCAAAUCACGAGCGGAGACCUGUAAACUUGCAAAUCGUGACUCAAUCAGGAUUUUAACGGAAUUUUACCGCCGAGGUCUUUUAUCGACGACUCUCUGGCUUGAUACAUACUUCAUCUUGGCAACAGCAAUAGUUCUAUUUCUCCGUGUUGUCGAAACACCAAGUGUGCAAAACGAGUUAAAAUCCUUUCUCCCUGUUCUGAAAAUGUGCGAUCGAAACCAGAUUGCAAAAUACGCUGCCGGAAGUCUCGAAAGGCUUCUCCAUAGUUUGGAGAACGGCAUAACGGAAAAUCCUACUAUAAAUGUCGCAGAUCCUUUUUCUCAGUCAUCCAGGCUUGGUGAUGGGGGUGGAAGCUGCCAUGAAAUAGACUUCAACAACCUGGGAGAUCUCAACACCCUAGGAUCUGAGUGCUUCGGCUUGGGAGAUGAUUUUGAUCUGGACUUAUGUGGACCUUGGAAUACCCUGGAAUCGGGGUUGUCAUAG